GCGACCAUGGAUGCGGCCUCUCCCGCCUCACCCUCAUCUUCAUCCCCGCCACCACCGUCUCCCACCGCGAGGGCGAGCGCCGUGAGCCCCAUGACCACCAUCUCCCGGCACUACUUCGGCGGCGAUUCCUCCUCCGACGACCACGAUUUCUAUAUCGACAUCAUCGAGUUCUACACUUCAUUAUUUGUUGAGGGGAUCCAGUAUUUUGUGUUCAUGUGGAUCGAAAAGAAGAAAGACUUCAAAUGCUGAUUGCUAACUUCUUAAGGGAACCAAUUUGUCAUCAGGGGCCUUGGUUAUGUUUCUAUCAAACAUAUGAAGAAGAAAGUUAUAUGAAGCUGCAAUUUGCUGCAAGUUUAUUGGGUUUGGAAUCGCUGUACUGUUGCCUGAAUGGAUAAAUUAUCCUUUUUCUAAUGCUUGUUUUUUGCAUGGUCAUGCGUUUUCCUUUGCAUCUUUUAUUUGUCUUUCUUUUUAGAAUGCUUUGCUAUUUAAAGAAAAACCUCAGCAUGACUUUGUUUCCACAGAAUAUGCAAGAAGAUUAUGGAAUGUUUGUCUGGCCAUGUAGCAUAGUUCUUGCUGAGUAUGUUUGGCAACAGAGACUGCGAUUUGCUAACAACACCGUCAUUGAGUUAGGUGCUGGGACAUCAUUGCCUGGAUUGGUAGCUGCCAAGGUAGGAGCAAAUGUCAUACUCACAGACAACGCAGCAAGAGAAGAGGUGCUGAAGAACAUGAGACAGAUAUGCAAACUUAAUAAAGUCAAUUGUAAUAUACUGGGCCUCACAUGGGGACAGUGGGAUGCCCCUAUAUUUGAUCUGCACCCUCAGAUUGUGCUUGGAGCUGAUGUAUUCUACGACACAACUGAUUUUGACGAUCUCUUUGCAACGGUUACUUUUCUUCUGCAAAAUUCCCCUGGAUCUGUGUUUAUAACUGCGUACCAUAACCGAAGUGGUCAUCAUCUCAUCGAGUUCUUGAUGGUAAAAUGGGGAUUGAAAUGUUCAAAACUUCUGGAUGGCUUCUCCAUCAUGCCACCAUGCAAGGGUGCUUCUCUGCAGGGAAACAUUCAACUUGUUGAGAUUGCACUGGAUGACCAGAAAACUAAAAGUUAACACAGCAAGUAGGACUACCAUUAGUACAUUCUCAGUAUAAGUUAUCUUCAGGCCUCAACAUUUAUUUAAGAAUCAUCCAGGUGCAGAAUCAUCCAGGUGCUUCUCUCAUCUGUAUUGUUGGAGCAGGAGUAAAGACAACUUGCAACAAGCAUGUGCUCACAUGGAUUUGAGUUUGGAUGAGAAAGUGGAUGCAUUUUUGAAGAGGAUUAAAUAAUAUGCGGGUUUGCAUUCUUAAGAGCCCUAAAAUGUCUUAAUUUACCCAGGCAGUUUCUCCUACUGGAUUCUGUGGGAAGGGUGAAGGCUUUCAUUGCAAAUGCCUGCACCUGUGACAUGUCACCUUCAUUUUCCUAUGGAUUGGGUCACUGUUUUUUUAUUUUUGUAAAAUUUUGACAAAAUCCAGGGCCUUCAAUUUAUGCAGUUUUUCACUGUUUGUAAUUUUCUUUUUUAGAAAAUGAUUGGAACGACUGCUUUGAAGCUUCUAUUUUUGUUAUUCUUUUUUUCUUUUCCAUGUCCAUUAAGUGAUUAUUUUGGUUCC